AUGAUUAAUGAUCAAGACUUGGGGUUUUUUGCCAAUUUUCUUGGCAUUUUUAUAAUUGCCUUCGUCACUGCUUACCACUUUGUGAUGGCUGAGCCAAAAUUUGAAGGCAAUUGACACAUUACCUACUAUCAAAUUUGAAUGUUGUAGUUAUUGAAUUGAAGGCAGUGGAUUUUUCGUAUGGAUUGGUGUUUAGGGAAUAAAGAUAUUGAUGAAUAAUGAA